UCUAGAGUUCAACUUCUAGAGUUUUUGCUACGAUUCCCAAGUCAGUCACAGAUAGCGGCUUUAGAGUUACCUGGUUACCAACGGCGGAUUUCACAUGCCGAGACCGGUUCUUGCGGGCGUGUAACGACUACUGCUUCAAGGUUGCCAAGCACUGAGUGGCUACUGUCUUGCGCGAAUCUGCAUAAUCCAAGCCUGGUCAUCGGACAUCCAUCCUCUGCUCCGGAUUCCACCUACCGCCCCAAAUCUCUUCUCCACGAACUGCUAUUGACUACUGCCCUGAACAAAUAGCUGGACAAUGCAAAGAAUCUAGACGGCACCAUCGGUCCUUCGGAAGUUCCCUUCCCAACCUUGAGUUCGCGCCUCUCAAUACGGGAUGGCGAGAGAAGUAAAACUAUGUCUCCUUGGGGACACAGGCGUGGGAAAGACAUGCCUGGUGCUACGCUUCGUCACAAACACGUUCAACGAAAACUCGGAAUGCACUGUUGGGGCAUCGUUCAUGACUAAGUCCAUGGUGGUGGACAACAAGACGAUAAAAUUCCAUAUUUGGGACACGGCAGGCCAAGAACGGUAUCGUGGACUAGCUCCAAUGUACUAUAGAGGUGCCGCGGCUGCCAUUCUUGUCUAUGACAUAACGAAUAAGUCAUCGUUUGACAACAUUCAAAGCUGGGUUCAAGAGCUACGUCAGCUGGGACCAGCAGAUAUGGUACUGGCAAUCGCGGGCAACAAAGCUGACCUUGCAGAGGACCGUGAGGUCCCAUUUGAACAAGCACAGCACUAUGCAGACCAGAUUGGAGCGGUGUUCAUUGAGACCAGCGCACUGGAGGCGACCAACGUCAACGAGAUAUUCAUCUCAAUAUGUCAAAAACUCCCACCGGCGGAGGAGACGCAGAACAUCGCCAGUGGCGGGUAUCAGUCACUCAGUGCACGUCCGGAAUCAAACAAACACGACACCAUACUACUAACACAGACAUCACGGUCAGCCGCAGCGAAGCCUGGCAAGGCAUCCACGUGCAAUUGUUGACCACAGCGACGGGGGUCGGAAUGUCGCUUGCUAGGAGUAGCCUGGUACGCUGCAGGGCACUGCGGAAACAGGCAGCUAUGCUAGCCAUCACCGUAGCCGCUCAGCGCCGCACUUCACAUGGUGGACUCUCCGGAUCACGUCGAACCUAUCUCUGGUGAUGUGAGUGUCAGCUGACUGCAGCCGAAAUAUAUUAUCUAUCACUACCCCGCAAUAUUCUGGAGAUGCUGGAUGAUUGCUUUUCAGGGGAUUACUAUCUGGGCAACCGUCCAACUUCCAAAUGAACCCAUUCUUCCCCGUCCGUGUGGUUAUUUGAUCAAAGAGACAUUUUCCGUUCCGUGCGUAGUAAGCUGCUGGUCUGCAGCUGAAUCAUAUCAAGUUCUCAAUUACCGUAGCCGGAGCACAGUACUGCUAUUGAAUACUCAUCUGAUGAACUGAAGAGGAUAAUAUUAUAAGAUAGUUUGAAGAUAUAAUCAUUAGGCAGUUUGCAUGUUAAAAAAUAUUCUGCUCUUUUUGGUAGUUGGUAGACAACAAUUAUUCACCACACCCGAGAAUAACAGAAGUUAUUUCCCUUCAAUGGACUGGCUAUACUGCAACGAUCUAAAUCGCAAUACAUGAUCCUCUGACCAGACAGGCCCUUUCUUUAUAUAGCCAUGACAAUGCGGCACCUUAUUCCUAUGGCCAAUUGAAUAGUACGGCCAGUGAGGGAUUCAAUCUGGUAAAAGACAAUCUUGACAUUUUC